AAUCAAACCAACCCUAUAGCCGAUCUUCUCAAGCUCCCUCAUCUCCAGUUGUCAACCAAGCUCCAUGACUCCUGCCACCUGCAACCACUGUUACUAGCUUAGAAACUCGCUUCUCUCUCUCACUAGCUCCCUUUCUCUCUGUUUCACAUGAGCCCACUUUAACAACCAAAUGGCACCAUAACACCAACCCAUAAAAGCUCACUUCAACAACCACUCCCUGAGUUGCCAACCCAGAUUAAAACCCAACUCAAAAAUCAAAGAUUUUUUUUUAAAAUCUUACUGCUGGAGUAGCUUUUUUUAGAUUUGAUUUUGUGGGUUUUGUUCUUUCCAACUUUUUUUCAUGUAGUUGAUGGUAAAAUUCCACCACAGAAAGAUUGAUGGCUUCUGUUCUUACGGAUUGAGAGAUCGAUAUUAUCUUAGGCAGCAUCCACCUUAGGUUUGGAGGGUUGCCAGCGGCACCCUUAAAGGUUCCUCUGUGGUCCACUUCCUCCACCGCUAAUUGUCCUCCACCUCUAAUUGUCGUAACCGGAGAUUCUCGGCAGCAUCUCUAUUUAAAGAAGAAGUGUGGAUUUGGUUUUUUGUAUUGAAGAUGAUUUGAUUUAGUUUGAAAGAGCUUAGUCUUUUAUUUGCAAAAAUAUGACAUGUCAAAUCAUUAUUGGUGGGCAUAAUAGUGGCCUUUUUACGCCACAUACGGACCGAGUUUAUUCUCCAAAUAAAAACCAUCAAACAAACACUUGACGCAAUUGAUGGUCACAAACUCAGUCACACUGCAGUAAAACGGCCAAAACCGAAAGCCUCUCUCUGUCUGAGGUUCAAAACCUCAGGGUUUUCAAUGGGCAGUCUUGCUGUGCUCUUCUAAAAGCUUCUGUUUUUUCAAUUUUUUCAGCUUGUCUCUAUAAUGGGUUCAAUCACUACUUGCUCUCUGUACUCUCAAACAGAAAUUCACUACCCCAGGUUCCUUAACCACAAGCUCUGCAAAUCACCCAAGUCAUCAUCACCACCACCAUUCCUACACAGACCACUCUAUCAUCCAAGGCUUCCAUUUGUACUAACCAAACUUCAUGUAUCUUCAAGAGUCUCUCACCUCCUUACACCCUCCUCUAUAUCCCCCAAUUUUACCACACCCACUUCAAAGCUCUCAAAUUUGGACUAUAAUCUCCCACCCCAGAAAAAAUUCUCUGACUUUUUAUCAGAAAAGAUAGUGCUUUUUCUUAUUGGGUCAUUUAUUUUCAUGGGUUGCUUUAGAAAUGGUGUAGCUAUAGCACUGCCUUCUCAGGCAAGUAGUUCUAGUGCAAAAAUGGAGGAAAAGAGAGAUGCCCAUGAAGGGAAAAUUGAAGAAGAGGAUAUGUAUGAGAAAGUUUUGGAGACGGAACCAAGAAAUGUUGAGGCUUUGAAGGUGGUUUUGUAUGAGAAAAUGAGGAGAGGGAAGACCAAGGAAGCUGUGAAGUAUGUGGAGCGAUUGAUUGAUGAAGAGCCUGACGAGGUUGAGUGGAGGCUUUUGAUGGCACUUUGUUAUGAGACUAUGGGGCAGUUGAGUAAGGCUAAGAGAUUGUUCAAGGAAAUCUUGAAGGAGAGGCCUCUCUUGCUUAGAGCAUUGCAUGGUCUUGCAUUGGUGAUGCACAAAAACCUUGAAGGCCCAGCCGUCUUUGAGAUGCUUAAUAAGGCUCUAGAAAUUGCACAACGUGAAAAAAGAGUCACUGAGGAGAGGGAUAUAAAAAUUCUAAUUGCACAAAUGCAUGUUGUAAAGGGGGAACUGGAUGAAGGCUUGAAGAAAUUUCAAGAUCUGGUUAAUGAGAAUCCUCGAGAUUUUCGGCCUUAUUUGUGCCAGGGAAUUAUCUACAGUCUACAGGAUAAAAAGAAGGAAGCUGCCGAAAAUUUUGAAAUAUAUCGGUCUCUUGUGCCUAAGGAGUUUCCACAAAGGGGAUUUCUGGAUGAUGUUGUGUUGGCAGCAAAAUCCCAAUCUCAGGAACAGUUUCAAAAGGAGUUUCAUACUGAAUUCUCGUACAAGUAACAUGCUUGUACCUCUUUUUGGAACUCAGGAGAGAAAAAAAAAGGGGGGGGGGGGGGUGUCUAGCAAAUUACUUGUUCAGCUGUUAGCUUUUUUUGUGCUAAGUAUAUUGGAGUUGGAGUUUGGAGAUAAACUUCCAAAAGUUGAGGGGGGGAACAUGUAAUUUUGAUGGCUAUGUACAAUGCAGUUGGCUUGUGCAUUUUUGGGGACCAAAUUCAGACCAUGUCAAGUAUAAAAUAUGGCCGUGAAUGAUUGAAUUGAUGGAACUGAAAUUGAUAAUUGAUUUUUGUGAAAUCAAUACAUUAACUUGGAGCGUGCACA